AAUGCUCAGUACCCUACGAGGAAACAUGAGGCACGGAAGGAGGCAAAGUACGGCCUGAGCACAGUUCUAGGCCACGUCUGGUGGCAUAUGUGUGCAUGCGUGUGUGUGCGCGAGCCUCUUUACGCUCUUUGGAUGGACUGAACGAGUGGUGCGGGCCUUCAGUGGUAGGUAGGGAGCAAGUUGAUUUCGACGUGGUCCUCCUCGUCCUCCUCCUCCUCGUCCUCCUCGAAGCAGUCGAGACCCUCGACUCCCCCACCGUCAAGGAUGGCCAAGUGAAGUCAACUCCAUCCAGCUGUAUGUAGGAGUAGUUGUGGUAAAGGGAGGAACAAACGAGGGAAGAAGAAGAAGAGGAAAAGAAGAACGAAGAAGAAAUAGUGUACUUACUGCCAGUAUUACUGCAUACAUACUCUCUUAGUCCUGGGCUUGAGAAGAGGAAAAAGAGAGAGAGAGAGAGAGAGAGAAAGAGAGAGAGAGAAAGAGAGAGAGAGAGAGAGAUUUACACACUCGUACACAUUCAAGUAGUUGUGCUGGAGCAGACAAGUGAGGGAAGGCCACUUCCACAGCACCUUCUCAGUGAAGUCUGAAGGUCUUUGAGAAAGGCUGUGAAGGCUGAAAGAGGGGCUGACGAGAGGAAAGAGGGCGACACCAUAGUGAGAGCAGUGUCAUUUCGGCCUUUGCUCCAAACUAGCAGUACCACCACCAUCACCACCACCACUAUUGUGGCCAGCACCACGAAGACGGUGACGACGGCCACUACUCGUUCUACUACUACUACCACUACUACUUCUACAACAACUACUUCUACUACUGCAACAACUACUACUACCACCACUACUACCACCACCAGUCCUACUACUACUACUACUACUACUACAACUACAACUACUACCACUACUACUACUACUACUUGAAUUAGGACCACCACCAACACAACCAUCAUCAUCUCCACCUCCACCACCAUCAUCAUCACCACCACCACCACAAACUAGUGCUACAAUUCAGAGACGUCCCUCCAGUCUCCUUAAUCUAGUGAAUGCAACAGAGAGAUUUUGAGUGAAGAUCAGUGGCAUCUCGGAUCAUUGCAUUUUGGCUGGAGGCCGUUGCCAUUUCCUGGUGGCCUUGUCAGUGAUUUCCAAGUAAGCUGCCAUGUCUCUCUAGCCUCUGAAGUGAAUGUGACAACCCGAGUCCAAGGCGUUGGAAGUCCUCAUCUCCAACGAGAUGUUGAGGUGAAUUGGCAGUGAAGUGAACUGAUCCAGCGCUCAAAAUACAGCAAGUGAUCCGACGAGACCAAGCCCAUGUGAGAGGCCGCCGUCCCUGGUCCAACAACGCGUACACACUCAAGAGUACUGUCGCCCCCGCCAUUGGAAAUCCACCAUGUUCAACGGGAGACUCAAAAUCACGGUCUGCGGGGCCAAAGAGCUCCAGCAUACCAAUUUCAUGACAAGACUGAACAUCAGCUCCGAGCUUGGCCGCAAAGAGCCAGCCGUGAUGAACCUCGACCCGUACGUGGCCAUCGAUGUCGACGAGGUGGCCAUCGAACGCACCUCAACCAAGACCAAGACCCGUGAACCCACUUGGAAUGAGACAUUCACCACAGAUUUGGUCCGCAACUCCGAACAGGUGGGCUUCACCAUGUGGCACGAUGCCACCAUGCCUCCGGAUGAUUUCAUCGCCAAUUGCAAGGUCAGCUUGUCAGACCUCAUCGAGAAAGAGGAUCAACCACUACAUGAUCUCUGGGUGGAUCUCGAGCCCCAAGGCAAGCUUCAUUGCAAAAUCGAGCUCCAAUGGGCUUCUCAAGAGGAACAAAGCCAGCCCAUGCGACAGUUCAAGGAACAAGAUGGCGGGUUUGCCGGGAAACAACGCCGGGGCGCCAUGAAACGUCGGGUCCACCAAGUCAACUCACACAAAUUCAUGGCCACUUUCCUCAGGCAGCCCACUUUCUGCUCUCACUGCGGCGAUUUUAUUUGGGGUCUGGGCAAACAAGGAUAUCAAUGCCAAGUGUGUGUUUGUGUGGUUCACAAGAGGUGCCACGAAUUUAUCACCACCAAGUGUUCAGGCGUCAAGGAUGCCGAGACGAACGACGAUAACCAAAGUGCUCGCUUUAACAUCAAUGUGCCGCAUCGCUUUGUGGUUCACACCUAUCGUCGCUUCACCUGGUGCGACCAUUGUGGUUCUCUCCUCUAUGGCCUCUACAGACAAGGACUUCAGUGCGAAGUUUGUAAGACCAAUGCGCACAAAAGGUGUCAGAAGAAUGUAGCUAACAAUUGUGGGAUCAACGCACGGCAGUUGGCGGACAUACUCAACGAUAUGGGCAUGACCCCACACAAACUCACAGAAUCCUCCAAACCCAGGAAAAAGCCCUUGGGUGAAGGUCAAUCGCGUUCAAAUACUAGUCAAGUUUCUUCCUCAAGUGCAACAGUCUCCACGGCCAAUCUCGGAGCCGUUGAUGGAGGCGAAGAUGCUGAAGAACAGGCCAAGCUUCGUUUGCAAAUUCAAGCCCAGCGUGAAAUGGAGGAACGUCUCCAAAAGAAGGGCAUCCUUCAAGGCAAGAAAGAAUGCGGUGAAGGCGAUGGCAAGGAACCCGGCGCGGUAGCUGGAGGAGCCAAGCCCUCCCUUCAAGAUUUGGUGGAUCGGCAGUCGGGAACAAAGAAAGUUUGUUUAGAGGACUUCCGCUUCCUCAAGGUUCUGGGCAAAGGUUCCUUCGGGAAGGUGAUGUUGGCCGAAAAGAAGGACUCGGAGGAGGUGUUCGCUGUCAAGGUCCUUAAGAAGGACGUGAUUGUCCAGGACGAUGACGUGGAAUGUACCAUGACAGAGAAGCGCAUCCUUGCCUUGGCCGCUAAUCACCCCUUCUUGACCUCCCUGCAUUCCUGCUUCCAAACAAAGGAACGAUUAUUCUUUGUCAUGGAGUACGUGAAUGGAGGUGACCUCAUGUUUCAAAUCCAGCGUGCCCGCAAAUUCGAUGAGCCAAGAGCACGGUUUUACUCGGCCGAAGUCAUGUUAGCCUUGCAAUACCUCCACAAGCACGGAGUUAUUUAUCGUGAUCUAAAACUUGACAACAUUCUAUUGGACUCGGAGGGUCAUUGCAAGAUCGCUGAUUUUGGGAUGUGCAAAGAGGGUAUCAAGAAUGGUGUGACCACCACCACUUUCUGCGGAACUCCGGAUUACAUCGCACCAGAGAUCCUCCAAGAAUUAGACUACGGAGCAAGUGUAGAUUGGUGGGCCCUGGGCGUCCUCAUGUACGAAAUGAUGGCCGGUCAGCCUCCCUUUGAGGCCGAUAAUGAAGAUGACCUCUUUGAAAGCAUCCUUCACGAUGAUGUCCUCUAUCCAGUUUGGUUAUCAAAGGAAGCUGUUUCAGUGCUGAAAGGGUUCAUGCAGAAAAAUGUUGCCAAACGGUUGGGCUGUGUGGCUGCUCAUGGUGGCGAAGAGGCCAUUAAGCACCACUCUUUCUUCAGAUCGAUUAAUUGGGAGGACAUGGAAAAUCGGAGGAUUAAACCGCCUUUUAAGCCGAAGAUUAAGAACAAGAAGGAUGUUUUGAAUUUCGAUACCGAGUUUACCAAGGAAGAUCCCGUUCUGACUCCGGUGAAUCCUGAGCUAAUCCGCACAAUCAACCAGGAUGAAUUCACCGGUUUCAGCUUUUACAACACGGAAUUCGGUCGACUCCAGAUGACGGCUAACACCGGUCACCCUGGCAAGAAGCACUAAAAGCAAUGGCCCGAACACAAAAAGAAACUAUAUCCGCAUAAGAAGUAAACCUUACACACUCACACAAGCAAACGAAACAAAGAGAAGAUUUUGGACCUCCGACCUCCAAAUCAGACCGACAUCUGCAACUAUUAAUUAGUACCAUGCGAGCAUCAACAAUUCUUCAAAUCUUCUCCUGUCACUCUUAAAUAGCUACCAAUGUUAUCAUCAUUAUCAUUAUUAUUAUCAUUAUUAUCAUUACUAUAAUUAUUAUUAUUAUCAUUAUUAUUAUCAUUAUUAUUAUUAUUAUUAUUACUAAUAUCAUCAUUAUCAUCACUGCUAUUGCCAUUCUUUUCUCCCUUCUAAAACAUCAUCAUUAUCAUUUCAAGUUUAACCACAUCAUCUUCAUCGUUAUCAUUGCCAUCAUCGUCAUCAAUUACAAGAACUUCCACAUCAUCCUCGCCUCCGCCAUCAAUGUGGUCAAUGUUGCGGCCAUCACCUCUGAUGGAAGGCUAUUGAUUGCAUCAAGUAUUUCAAGUCAACAGAGUGUGAACAUGCCGGUUGUGAAGCAGGCCAUUGGCACCAGACACAGAACAUUCAGCCUCCAGCGGUCAGCAGAGUCUCGCCAGUUCAAAGGCCUAAAACUUGUUCCACGAAAAAAAGACACUCCUAGCACCCGGGACUCUGUCGCUGAAAGAGAAAAGAAAAUAUCGAGACAAAAACACAAGUGCUGCUCCAUUAUCAAGAUCAUUCUGUUUAUCAUUAUUGCUAUUAUUAUCAUUAUUAUUGUUAAUAUUUUCAUUUUUUAUCACUUAUUAGUUAUUGAGCGAUAUUGUUCUCCUACUUCUUCUUGUCCCUCGCCCGAAUUUUCCGCUUCUCUCUCUCUAUUUUCCGCUCUUCCCAUGGGAGUUUUGUUGAGCCUGGCUCCGAGCUCUUCCCGCGAUUCCGAUGUUGGCUGCCGCUCUGUCGAUCGUUCUCUCUCUCCCUCUCUCUUUCUUUCUCUGCAGGAUAUCCUAUCCUGCAGUUUAGGUUCUUCACCGCCCCGACCUUCCACCCCUUUCGACCCCCCAUGUGUACAUACGAUGCCAGUGCAAAACGAUAAUGAUAUUCGUUGACAUCUUUUCACCCAACUCGCCGAAAAGUAGAGCCACUCCGCCGAAACAGGCUCACUUUUGUACAUUCCCCUCCAAUUCUCCAACCACCCUCGCCCCUCGCCCCGGAUUUGGAAGCCCACAUAACCAAAGUUGGCUUCUCGAACGGGAGAGGUGAGAUGUUGGCCCUUGGCUCUGAUCGGACGUCUUGCACAGCAUUGACUGGUUUCUUCUGGAACACGUGCCAAAAACUGCAUUUAGAUUGACGAUGAUGAUGACCUACCAACUCUGAUGUGCCCCACCCGCCAUCUUCGCUUCCUUCUUUACUUCCUUCCUUCCCUCCUUCCUUCCUUCUUUCUUUCCAUACUUGAACGACUUGAAAGUGACAAGAGCAAAGAGCACGCAUUCCCUAUGACAUCAACCUAACGAACGCACUCAUUUUCCAAACAUCGGCCUAAUUUGAACCCACCAAACCACCCUCCGUCGUUCAAUCCACAUAUAACCAGCCCAACCACCCACAAGCCCGCCCGCCCUCUUUUCGCUUAAUAUUGUCGAACAUGAUACAACCACACUACAUGAUUAUCAUUAUCAUCCUUUAUCAUUUAUAUUGUCAUAAUAGGUGAAUGUCAUCCCUUCACUCUUGUCUGGUCCCACCUACCCAAAAUAACUUCUCCUGUAUUACAAGCACUCUUCAAGAGUCAGGAGGGGCACACGUUUACAAACAAAACAAAAAUAUGAGAACGGACCCACAUCUGCUCCCAAGGCCGCUUCGAAAGCCUUUAGAAAGAGCGUCAAAUGCUCGUUGUAGCCGUUCCUUCGCCCCAAGUUUAGGUCAUUCAAAGGCAAAACCAGCCCACCUAACAAAACUAAAUGAACAAAUCGCAAAAAUACUAAUUCUAUAGACUGGAGCACACCCACCCCAACCUUGUAUGAGGUCCCACCCAACCCUCCCGAACCAUGAACUCAGCUUGGACUACUUCAAUAUCUCAUGAACUUCGAGUUUAUUACCUUCUUUGUACUGGUGCUGAGGUAUGACUCGCCAUAAAUUCUAGUCCUUGUGGGAGAGACUAGGACGACAGACUUCUACUAUUACUUCUACAACUACUACUUAAACUUAAAGCAAGUAACAUCACCGACCCCCUACCCCCAGCGACAAAUGACCUCCUUCAGUGAUUGAUGGAUUAAUUCAUCAAUAGCAGCACCUUCUGUUCCAGACUCAGACCCGCCUUCAUCCAUCUUCAAGUCCAGAGAGAACGAUUGGCAUCGCUUUUUUUGCCAUCAAUAUUGAACAUCUUUCUAAGCAGCAAACAACAUCAGUUUAAUUUUCCUAUGAUUAUUGCUACCAUCCUUACUAUCAUCAGAAUCAUGGUCAUUGUCAUUCAUUACAACUCGAACAUUCGCAGUCAUCACAACCUACAACGUCAUUAACUACUGCAACUACUACUAUUCCUACAACAUUUACAACUGCUUUGACUACCCGGACGAUUCCUAUUGUAACCACAACUUGAGUUGAUCCAACUAAUUGGAAACAAACCCUACCAUAUUGCUACUCUUACUAUUAUUCCUGCUCCUCUUUCUACUCCUAUGACGACUUUGACUCUGACUAGUACUACAAGGACGAGAACCACAACUGAAACUACUACAACAAUUAUAAGAACAGCCACUCCUUUAUGACUAUUUUUCUCCUUCAAUGUUUGCCAUCACCAUGCAUCAUAAAAUGCUGAAUGUUCAAUUGAGAAAGAAAGUUGAAACCGAGAAAAUACGAUGAUUAGUCAUUUUAUUAUAAAUGCGCUUGGUGUUACAUACUACAGAAUGGAAUAAAUGUUUACCAAAUUAAACUUA